AUGUCAUGCAAGAGAAGGGUGGAAGAAUGGCGUCACGCGAUAAAUGUUUUGACUUCGUACGCUACAGAGUUUUCUGGCAUGGAAGAUAAGAUCCUUCCGCUUUUGAAGUAUAGCUACGAUAAUCUUAAGGGCGAGGAUGUCAAAUCAUGUUUGCUGUAUUGUGCUUUAUUUCCAGAAGAUGAUCUGAUUUCUAAAAAGAAUUUGAUAGACUACUUGAUAGGCGAAGGUAUUAUAGAUGGAAGUGAAGGUAUAGAGAGGGCCAGAUACAAGGGGUAUGAGAUUAUUGGUGAUCUUGUUCGUGCAUCUUUGUUGAUGGAAGAGGAUGGAACAGAAUGUGUGCGUAUGCAUGAUGUUGUUCGCGAAAUGGCAUUGUGGAUUGCAUCUGAAUUGGGAAGAGAAAAGGAGGCUUUCAUUGUGCAUGCAGGUGUAGGGUUAAGUGAAAUUCCAAAGGUUAAGAAUUGGAACAGUGUGAGAAGAUGUCACUGA